AUGGCGAGCUCAAUGCAUCUGUCGCGACUUCGGAAUUGGUUCCUCGCCUCUCCGCCGAUCGAAUUCGCGAUUAACAGCCUCAAGGAGCUGCUGGUCGGCGCGCUCCGCCAAGGUCCCAUCCCCCAACAUGUCGCCUUCGUGAUGGACGGGAACAGACGAUUUGCUAGAUCACAUGGGAUCGAGACCGUUGAAGGCCAUAAUUUGGGAUUCGAGGCAUUGGCAAGGAUCCUGGAAGUGUGCUAUAAAAGCGGCGUGAAGGUUGUUACCAUCUACGCAUUCAGCAUCGAGAAUUUCAAACGCUCCAAGUUCGAGGUCGAUGCACUCAUGGAGAUGGCCAAGGUGAAAUUGUCACAAAUGGCGCAGCACGGAGAUCUCUUGGAUCGAUACGGGGCCAAGGUUCGCGUGUUGGGUCGACUUGAUCUACUCAAACCCGAUGUCCUGGCUGCUGUCAACAAGGCUGUCGACCUCACCAGUCGUAACGGCGACCGCGUCCUGAACAUUUGCUUCCCCUACACUUCCCGCGACGAAAUCACCACCGCCAUUCGUGAGACCGUUGAGGAUUACAGCACGCCUCUCCACCCUGGGGAUGGUCACCUCCGAACGCCGUUCUCCGAAUCUCAUAUCGCGCACAAUAUUCGAGCCCAGACCCUCGGGUCUAAGACAUAUGAUAUCCAAAGUGACUCGGAAUCGGCGUCCACCGAAUCAUCCGGUCACGAGGAUGACAACCACCUACGGAAUGACCACGCCAAUCGUGUCUACGAGUCUGGAUCGUCCUUUUCGUCUUCUACAACUUUACACCUCGGGCAGCAGGAUGCACAGCAUCUCAAGACCAUCGUGCAGGGCAAGACAGCUGAUGGCGAAAGCCAGGCAUUUACCUCCCCCGAAACCAUUUCCCGCCAGACACUUUCCGACCACAUGUUGACCAAGGGUACCCCACCUCUGGAUCUCCUCGUUCGCACCUCCGGUGUGGAACGCUUGAGUGAUUUUAUGCUCUGGCAAUGUCACGAAAACACUGAGAUAGUCUUCCUCGACGUCAUGUGGCCCGAGUUCGACCUGUGGCACUUCAUGCCCGUAAUGCUUGGCUGGCAACGACGUAUCUCGAAAUCCCGCCAGAACCCUAACGCGGAGGGCAAUUUUGCCGGCGACCGUCCAGAGUCCAGUGAAGAAGGCCUGGAAACGCAGAUCCUUCGACCGGGAAAAGUAAAGGCGAUAUAG